AUGGAAAGCUUCACCUGUGAGAUUGGCCUUAGACCACAAUAUAAGAGCAGUGCAGCAGCCAAUGCGGAGAUUUCCGGCUGCCUCCAGAAAUUUUCCAGAGGCGGCUGGAGGUUGUUAGCAGGCUGCCCCAAUGCUCUGAACUAUAUUGCCGAUGUUAUCGUCUUCGGCAAAAACGAAGAAGAACACGACAAGGCGCUAACUGCGGUUCUAAAAGUCUUUGAUACCCACAACGUUGUUUUGAAUAAGCAAAAAUGUGUGUACAAAACAACAAAACUCAAGUUUCUUGGCCAUAUUCUAUCGGACCAUGGUAUCGAAGCGGAUCCGGAGAAAGUUAAAGUGAUCACAGACUUCCGUGCUCCGAAAACUAAGGAGGAGACAAGGAGUUUCAUGGGCCUCGUAACAUACCUGGGGAAAUUUAUACCCGAUCUCGACAACACGACGGAUCCACUGAAAAGAUUAAUAAAGGCGAAUACCAAAUUUGAUUGGACCAACAAAGAACAGCAAGCCUUCGAUACUUCAAUACUUCGAUACUUCGAAAGAAGUCGUCGAGAAGCGGUAGCUUUCGACUGGCAGAAUGAGCAGAAUAUCUUUCAAAUUGUAGCCAAAGGAGUACCAAAGUCUCUAACCAUAUCGGAAAUCAUGGAAAACAGUAUGCAGGUCGAUGAAGUAAUUGAUGCAAUGACCUAUCUUAGCACCAACUCAUGGGAGGCGAACUCAUCCAGUCCAUAUUAUCCGUUCCGAUGGGAGUUAUCGACAGUUGGAAAUGUACUCUUACGCGGAACGAAAAUAGUUAUAGCAACAAUACUACAAUCGCAAGUGCUCGAACUGGCUCACGAGGGCCAUCCGGGUGAAUCGGCUAUGAAACGAAGAUUACGUUCAAAGGUGUGGUGGCCAAGGAUUUGUCAAGGCCUAUACAUGGAAUUGAAGUUUAUAAAAACCAUUUCGUCGAAGGUGCUGAUCGAGCAAAUGGAUGAGAUAUUUUCUCGUUUGGGAACACCACGAACGCUGAGAACCGAUAAUGGUCGGCAAUUUGUAAGUCUCGAACUUCAAGAUUUUUGUCGGACCAACGGUAUUACCCAAAUAACGACACCACCAUAUUGGCCACAGGCGAAUGGCGAAGUUGAAAAUAUGAACAAGUCUCUGGUGAAAUGCCUUAAAAUUGCGUGGUCGAAAGGGAAAGAUUAUAAACGAGAGAUCCAAAACUUUGCCAUGAUGUACAAACCACAGGAGAAGCUCCUUCGGAUGUUCGAGACGUUGUGGGUGAUGUAG